AUGUUCCUUCGCAUCACGGAAGAAUACUUGCAGCCAACCUCCCCUCAAGAGGUAAACAUCGGCAGCAAGAUGCAAGCGAAGAUGGUGUCGCUGCAGGACAGCGUCAAGUUUUCGAGCCUCGACGGAGACUCCCGCCGCAACGUACUUCAAGAGCCCCUCAAAGAAAUUGUGCGGAUGCUCGAGGAAAACCUCCUGAACAAGUUCAAGCAAACCCCAGAAAUGCGGAAGUGGCGUGAGGACCUGGAGCGCCAAGACUGGUUUAUCGAGCAGGCGAACUCCGCGGCGGCGGAGGGCGACGAAAACAUGCGGCAGCAGCUACUAACGGCGAGCAGCCUUUUCUCUCGAAGUGGGAUUGAGGAAGGGGACCCAUGAUACUUCGUAUACUUCUGCCGCCAUCGUCAGGAGGUCAUUUGGACACCCCUGGACGGUGCAAGUUCUGUGAGGGUUGUGGCGCGCUCUCUUUCUCGUCGUCGGUAUUGAAUGUCUUAUAUUUUAUCGCAGAACAUCAUCUCGUCGAGGAGACGGACCGUCUUAAAAGCCUCCUUAAUCGAGUACACAAUACCAGUUCGUCUUGACCUGCUCCUGUGUGUAUUUGGUGUUGCCGUGGUCUCUCGAAUCACCUCCAUUUUCAGAAACGAUUCGUUUUUUUCGUCCUUGGCGUGCAUCAUCACCGUAGGUCCGUAUCUGGCCCCCUUAGCCGAGAUUGACAGAGCAAACAACCCUGCUUUCAUGUACUUCCAGCAUGAUGAUCAUUGACGAUGUACCAAGAAGUCCGGUCAAGAGAUCGCGAAGUGGUCAUGAUGUGAUUUAUGUUUACUCCACAGUAUAGGAUUAUCAUUUGGGGCUUGUUGGACGCGGCACUGGAUAGUUGUGGCUGGCGCACACGUGUUUUUAGGUCGUUCAGUAUUUCCCUCCUUGUCGCCGCCCCAUACCGAAAACCUUCGUGAUAGAUCAGACGACGCGGCCACAGCACUUCGCGUAGCAGCC